CGUGUUAGAUUGUAUAAAAAGUCAAGAAAAUAUUUAUAAAUCACAAAAGCUAACGCCAAGUUAAGGUGUAAAAGUUUGAUCGAUUCUCCAAUUGACGAUUGACGAACAGAAGGUUAUCAGGAAUUGGAUUGUGCGUAGAGGAUGUGGGCAGCUUCGUGUUUAGCGUCAUGCUGCGCAGCUUGCGCAUGUGAUGCUUGUCGAACAGUGGUUUCUGGAAUUAGCCGACGUUCUGCUCGAAUUGCUUAUUGCGGUCUUUUUGCGCUCUCCUUGAUUGUUGCUUGGAUUCUUCGUGAGGUUGCUGCUCCACUUCUUGAGAAGAUUCCUUGGAUCAAUUAUUUUCAACACACACCUAGCAAGGAAUGGUUCCAAACAGAUGCUGUAUUGCGAGUUAGUUUGGGGAACUUCCUGUUUUUCACCAUUCUAGCCGUCCUAAUGAUUGGUGUGAAGAACCAAAAGGAUCCUCGUGAUAAUGUGCAUCAUGGUGGAUGGAUGAUGAAAAUAAUAUCUUGGUGUCUCCUUGUACUCUUGAUGUUUUUCGUCCCAAAUGGAUUUAUCAGUUUUUAUGAGGCUAUAUCAAAGUUUGGUGCUGGAUUAUUUCUUCUUGUUCAGGUUGUGCUCUUGCUGGAUUUUGUUCAUGGAUGGAAUGACAAAUGGGUUGGAUACAAUGAGCAAUUCUGGUACAUAGCUCUAUUUAUCGUUUCACUAGUUUGUUACGUGGCAACAUUAUCCUUCUCCGCGCUUCUCUUCCAUUGGUUCACUCCAUCUGGUCAAGAUUGUGGGCUUAAUACCUUUUUCAUUGUGACAACCCUCUUUUUUGCAUUUAUCUUUGCAAUAGUGGCUCUACACCCUGCGGUCAAUGGUAGCAUUUUGCCAGCGUCAGUUAUUUCAUUCUAUUGCAUGUACUUGUGUUAUAGUGGACUUGCUAGUGAACCCCGGGAUUAUCAAUGCAAUGGCCUUCACAAGCAUUCUCAAGCUGUUUCAACAACUUCACUUACUUUUGGGCUGCUUACUACUGUACUCUCUGUUGUCUACUCUGCUGUUCGUGCUGGUUCUUCAACAACUCUUCUCUCCCCUCCUAGUUCCCCCCGUGCAGGUGCUGGGAGGCCCUUGCUUCCUCUGGACAAAGCUGCUGAGGAGGAAGAAAAGGAAAAUGCAAAGCCAGUCACUUACUCGUAUUCUUUCUUCCAUCUCAUAUUUUCUCUGGCUAGCAUGUAUUCAGCCAUGCUUUUGACUGGGUGGUCAGCUUCAGUUGGGGAAACCGGGAAGCUGGUGGACGUGGGGUGGCCGUCUGUUUGGGUCCGGAUAAUCACUGGAUGGGCAACCGCAGCUUUGUACAUAUGGUCAAUGGUUGCACCAUUUAUGUUCCCUGAUCGAGAGUUCUAAGUUGAAGCCUGUAUUAUAUUAUCAUCGAAAUUACAUCUCUAAACCUGUUAAGAUGGCAUGUCCACGUUGAAUGCCCUCGUGUAAAAUCAAAUCAUUGCAAUUUCUAUACGGGAAAUUUCGGAUUGUAUAUGACUACCAUGUGUGUAUACUUCAUGUUGUGCGAGGAUGCACUGUAUUAUUCUGUGGCAAACAACUAGACAUACAGAUACAGGCAAAGUUAUAGCCUUAUUGGUGAA